UGUGAAAAAAAGAUAAAACUCUCACAUUAAUUGAAUAGAACUUUUUUUUUGAUUAUCUGCGAAUCAAGUCUCGCCAUUCUGUACAAUUAACUAAUUGAUUGUCAUUCAGAUAUUUUCACUCUAAUGUUACUGAACUGAUGGUUAUAAGUUUCCCAGAGAAAAAGUUUCUCCAACUAAUUUAGUUAAUCAAUCGUAAAUUCAAUGGAUCCAUCGGUCGCUGAUGUCGCUUACCUGGGAAUCAUUGAUUACCUUGUUCUUGGUGCUCUAUUUAUAUUUUCCCUUUUAAUUGGUGUUUUUUUCGCAUGGAAGGACCGGAACAAGGACACUGAUGAAUUUCUCAUGGGUGGACGAAACUUAUCCCCAUUUCCGGUCAUGUUAUCGUUAAUCGCUUCCUUCCUCUCAUCGAUAACGGUCCUUGGUUGGCCUGCCGAAGUUUAUUACAAAGGUUCACAACUAUGGAUAACUUUGCUAUCUUGUUAUACUGAAAUUUUCUUGACCAGUGAGAUAAUUUUACCGAUAUUUUAUAAGCUCAAUCUGACCAGUGUUAAUCGGUAUUUAUCGGAGCGAUUUGGAUCACCAGCAUUAAGGAUAAUUGUUUCAAUCAUCAGCUGUAUUGCGACUUUCCCAUGGCUUGGUGUUGUCUUGUAUGGACCAUCACUUGCCCUCGGGGCUGUUACCGGUCUCUCAGUUACUGCAAGUAUCUUAUUAUGUGGAAUCAUAUGCACGAUUUAUACAAGUUUGGGUGGCCUUAAGGCCGUUAUUUGGACGGAUGUACUUCAAUAUAUCCUAAUGGUUUUGGGUAUCGUUGUGGUUAUAAUCAAGGGGACAAUCGAUGUCGGUGGAGUGUCAGAAGUUUGGAGAAAAGCCGAUCUUGGUGGACGAUUACGAUUAUUUGAUUCCAAGAUUGAUUUUCACAAUUCACAUAAUCAAUGGGUUGUUCUGGUUGGUACAACAUUAGUUUGGACUGCUGGCCUUUCGACAAGUCAAACUUUACUCCAACGGACUUUGAGUAUGCCAACAUUGAAAAAGGCUAAAAUGGUCGUUUAUUUGGCUUUACCUGGUUUCCAAUCGAUGCAAAUUCUUGUGACAACUUUGGGUCUUGUGGCUUUUGCUUAUUAUUACGAUUGUGAUCCACUUCGUACAAACAAAAUUCAAGCUUCAGAUCAGUUGAUUCCCUAUUUUGUGGCCGAUCUAUUCUCAUCACGAUAUCCUGGUAUUCCAGGUCUUUUUGUGGCCUGUGUUUUCAGUUCAACCCUAUCAACAUUGUCUUCGGCUUUUAAUGCGAUCGCUGCAAUCAUAUGGGACGAUUGGUUACAAAGUUGCUUCCCAAAGGCUUCAUCAACAACCCAGGUCAUGAUAACCAAGAUAAUUGCCGCUCUUUCGGGUAUAUUGUGUAUUGGUGUCGCUUUCGUGGCAAGUCAAGCGGGUACACUUUUCGAGGCCUCAUAUUCCCUAAGUGGAUCACCAUUGGGACCUGCGUUCGCUGUUUUCAUCCUUGGUAUCUUUACAACCUUUUGCAAUGGACCUGGAAUGAUAAUCGGCUACAUAAUUGGUCAGAUCAGUUGUGUCUGGAUUGUAAUCGGCGGUCUUAUCAUUAAACGUCCUCACCUUGUAUUAGAAGUUACAACUGAAGGUUGUCCAGCCAAUAUGACAAUAGAUAAUCCUGGUUUACCAUUAUCGCAACUUCAUGAUUACAUUAUUCCUGAAUAUGUACCUGAAGGAUUAUCAAAAAUUUACCAUGUUUCUCAUUUCAUUAUACCAACAAUUGGUUUUCUCAUUACAUUGGUAACUGGAAUCAUUUUUAGUCUACUUACUGGUUCUAAUAAAGGGAAAUGUGUUAAUCGUGAUCUGGUAUUACCUUGUCUUUGGAAAUAUUGUUGUCCAUUAACUGACCAUCGAAAGUGUAACCAAUCGAAUAAAAAGAGACAAUCAAUGACCAAUCGAAAAGUGAGCGAAAAAAUGACCGAAUGUAUCCCAUUGAAAUCCUGAGAUUUUCACUGAUUCUAUCAAUUGUAUCAUCUUUAAAUAUGUAUUAACCAAUUUCUUAAUACCACAAUAAUUAACCUUUCGAAUAUCAAA